ACCCCUAAUUUGUGAUACUUCGCCAAAGCUUCUCUAUGCGCAAGAUCUUCUUUCCUGUAUCUGCUCGCAACUGGUCGGUGAUGGAGCAGGUGGUGCUGGAGUAUGACGGGCAGAGGGCUAUCUUUAACGCCAGUGGUGGGAUCUACUCUCCUGCAGAGUAUUCUUUCCAUUGCCAGAGCGUGAGCAGCAUUCAGAGCCCCCUGCUGGUGCCUCGCAGUGCUACGGACAACGCUAACCAAUGGACGCUGUCCUUCACUGAUUUUCAGAUCCAAGGCUUCAACGUUACUGGUGAAGACUUCUCGUAUGCCAGCGAUUGUGCUGGAUUUUUCACUCCAGGGAUUUGGAUGGGCCUGCUGACCUCUCUGCUCAUGGUGUUCAUUCUUACCUACGGCCUGCACAUGAUCAUGCAGGUUCGCACCAUGGACCGCUUUGAUGAUCCAAAAGGCCCAGCGAUUUCAGUGCCUCAGAGUGAGUGAUCUGAGCCAACAACCAAAAACUGUCGUGUUGUAAAAAUAUACUUGAUUUUGUAUGCGUCAAAAAUGAUGUGGUUGGUAAUCAGGAAUGUAUGGAUCUAGCACGAGUAUUUGAGGGUUUUUGAGAGUAUGUAUAUUCAAAAGCAAAUAAUAUUUUUCAAUUUUUUUUUAUUUUGAUGUCUUGUAGA